CGUUAAAAACUAAAGAAGAAGAAGACGUACAUGCUGCUAAAGAAGUGUUUCCUUCAAAGAGUGAGAAUCAUUGCUGUGGGUUCCAGUCAGUUGAACUGGUACAGAGAACCGGUACCUUAAGUUUGAAGUUGUCUGGACCGGCUGGGCUGCUUUUAUCUUCAUUGAGCCGCGAUGACGCUCAUUAUGAGCAAAGAUUCAGCCAUCCUUCAGGGGGCGUUCCUCCAGUCGGAGAAGCUGUGUCUCCCCUCAUCCCUGUCCUCGAUUCACAAAGUGGACUGGAUCCGUGUUGGGAGCCCGAUCGUGCUGGCAGUCCGAGAAAUCUGUGGACCAGAUGAACCUGGCGGUCAGCCCAACUUUCAAGCUUUAAGUUGGAAGAAGAGGAUCGUUUGUGUUGUGUGGUUGAAGCUGUUGAGUAGAGAGGCUCAGGAGGAUGUUGAAAAGGCAUGGAGGGAGAAUCCAUUCUUCUCUCUUCAGAACAGCCUCCCUGAGAUGAACCACGUUGUCCUGCUGGAGCUGGUGAAGUCAACUGCAGCCGCACGUAUUUUUGCCCAUUUCCUGCUUCACCUUCCUCAGCCUCGGAUCGGCACCGAGCUUGCAAGGCUAGCGGAGCAUGUCAGGAGCGAUCCUGCCAGGGAAGAAGAUGUCAGAUUUUUUCUGGAGGUUUGGUGGGAACUGUGGAAAGGCAGAGAUGAACUUAACGCAGGGAACGAAGAAACUAUAGAGACAAUGUUUGCCAACCAGUUUGCCCGUCUGUUCUCAGGUUGUCCCAGUCUGACUCCUCACGCUGCUAAAAGGUUGAAGCUGGACUCUGUGGAUAUGACGGCAUCAUCUGCAAACACUGACAUUCUGCACAUUUUCCUUCAUGCACUGAAAGACAUGACAGAUCUGGUAUCUUCUACAGAUGUGUGUUUUCAAUCCUUAUCCAUUUCUCUUGAUGCUCUGUACACAUCCUUCCUGAUAAAGGAGGAAGUUGUUCUUCCCGUCACAGAGAAGUUGGACUAUCUGUGUGAAGUGAUCUACUGCAGAGGAGAGAACGAGACGCUCAGUCCUGAACUUAUUCAGGACGCUCAGAGAGACUUGUGGGCUUCUCUGUCACCAUCUCAGUUUAAGCCCAGCAGGAUGAAGGUGUUUGAAGCCUUGAAGAUCAUAACUGAUCUCACACAGCUUUGGAAAGAUAAAGGCCUUCUGACCGUCAGCAGCCCUUUGAUUCCACGUUACUCUGGGUUCCACCUACAGCGGAGCGUCCAGAGAGUUCUGACAGCUCUGGGUGAAUCUCCUGAAGCUGUGACGGAGAAGAACACGCUCAGGAAUCUGCUCAAGUCACUGGAUCUCCCUGCUCCUGAGAACACUCCUGAACUUCAGGCUCAGGUAACCGCGAUCAUCAUCACUCACCUCCUGCAGGACUACGAGAGCUUUGCAGAGCUGUUUGCAGGCCAGACAUCUUGGGCCCGUUCUGAGAACUGGGUUAACUGCCUGGAAAAGAAUCAAGCAGCCUUCUGCCACCACCGUGCUCUCCUCAGCCUCUCCACUACCCUCAUGAGUCUCGUACACAUCGAGAGCUCAGAUGUUAGUCAGUGCAGGAAGCUGAUGAAAAUCACUGCAGAUAUUUUCUCUGCACUUUCUUUAGAAGACAAGAACCAAGCACUGGCUGCCAUGCUGGUGUUGUCCAGCAGGGGCUUCUUCAGCCGUCCUGUCCCCUCCGCUGUGACGGAGGGGUUCGAUCAGGAGCUCAACAUGGCCUUCAACUGCAUCAUCCAAGGUGGGGGCGGAGCCUCAGCAGUAGUGUCGCAGGGCAACCUGACCACUGCGGUCUCCUUGGUAGCGAGGGUGGCCUUUCAGAACCCAGAGGCAGCUUUAAAGUCCUGCUGCCACUCGGCUGUUUUCAACAAGGGAGCCUUCUCCCUGAUGGCCAAGAUCCUGCAUCAGCUGCCUGGACUCCAAGAUCAGAGGGGAGGAAAGGAAGGAGAACCUAAAAAUGAUGGAUUCAUUUCUCUGAGUGGUAGGAGUCUGCUUUGCAGGUGUUUGCAGGAGACAGUCGGGAACAAAUCUAUGUCAGCCAGUGAAAAGGAGCAGCUCCUCAGGUUCCUGGGUCUGCUGAUGACGUCACACGUGAUAAAAGAGGAGGAAGAGAAGAAACAAAGCUUCCUGUCCCCUCAGAAGGUCGUCAACACUUUUGUCCUUCCCAACCUCUCAGCUGUGGGUGACGAUAGCCUAGAUAUAGAGUUCAGUCUGCAGCUUCUCCACGCUGCUCUCUCUGUGGAAGCAGCUCCUUCCCCUCACUGGGUGUUGGGCUGCUCUCCCUUCCCCCUCCUCUUUGUACUGGCCCAACUUUACAGCCAGGCUUAUAGAUGUUGGGAGGAGCCACCAAAGGGCGCCAUCCGCCUCCGCUCCAUGGACACCAAGGAGCUGCUGGUGUCAGUGCUGACCACACUGGGGGAGGUGGUGGGUGCAGAGGUGGAGGCCAACCCCAGCAGAUGGUCCAGAGCGCUGUUCUGGCUCCACAACAAGACUGAGGAGUUGGAUUGGACCGUUCAGUUCCACCUGAAGGCUGUGUGGGGACAGCACUUUAAAAACGAGGUGCCCUCCUCUAUGCUGGAAGUGUGUGACCUUCCUGAACAGGAGUGGACAGGCCUGGACCUCCCUGAGUACGGCCAGGGCACGGGGCUUUUAGCCUGGAUGGAGUGCUGCUCCCUGUCCGACUCCCUGCGGUCCACUAUGCUGUCCUGUCUUUCUCUGGACCGACACCGGCCUGACCAUGUCAGCAUGUUUAGCAAAGGCCUGCUGGUGGCGCUGACGCAGACCCUACCCUGGUGCUCCAUCUCCCAGUGGGCACGGCUGCUGGGGGUUCUGAGGGAGCUGAUCACGUCGGCCCGACUGAAUGUCCCCUUCUCUCUGGAGUACGUGGACUACCUGCCCCUCCUGGACCUGAGACAGUUCUCAUGUGAGCUCCGCCUGUCGGUUCUCCUGCUGCGUGUACUUCAGUUCCUCUGCGGCUCCAGCUGCUCCAACUGGCUGUUCUGUGACGGCUGGGCCCACAUCUGCAGGUUAUAUGCCUAUACUGUGAGAGACAUAAUGAACUGUGUUAAAGCCAAGCUGCCUUUGCAUUCACCUUCUGCUGUCCCAGCUUCAGCAGCUCCUAACACUCCUGAUUCCACACACUUAAAUUUAUCUGUCAAAGCUGCAAAAAUAGAUCAUGAUCCUGUGAAACAUGCAGAAGACUCUCCUCAGGAAUCAGAAGAUGCUCAUAUGGUGGCGGGGGUGCAUACAGCUCCAAGCCAGGAGGUCCUCUUUGUUCUCAGCCAGCUUUUCUGCCAUGUUCAGCACAUCCAGGUGAUGAUACCAGGAGGCCAGUCCGAGCCUCUGUUCCUGUGCAGUCUGGAGAUCCUCAGUCACUACGAGGCCAUCAUGGCUGCUUUCCCAGACAGCUGCAGCCACGUGGAGAGCGACAACACACGCCACUUCUUCUCCACCAUCACUGACAACCUGAACAACCAGCAUAUGAAGGCUGUGCUGAAGCAGAAGAUCGCUCAGCUUGUGUCGUCUGCAGCUUGAUCAGACACUGAGAACGUGUUUCUACUUCAGACCACAUGCUGAAGAUUCUUCAACAAUGAGACGCGUUGAGUUUCAGAAUCCACUCUUUACUCGGCUGUAAAAACUGAAAUCUAGAGAAAUAAAUGUUAUUUUCCAAUGAAA